CACACCACUUAACCUAAAGAUAAAUGUUUAGCUCCACCCAGAAACGAGAGGCUGUAGGUAUAACCAGCCCGGCAGCACUAAGACUCACUAUUUUCCAUGCUGUGGAACACUUGAAUUACUAGAUCUGAUCUGAUCUGAUGACUGUUGAAUGAACAGCAUUGUUUGAGGAGAGCUGAGCCUGAAGUCUGAGACUCAUUGACGUUCAACUGAAUUAUUUUACUGUACAGGUACCCUGGGACACCUCUUUGGCGAAGAGUGAAUUGGAUUUAAUCGGUUAAUUGGAAACACAUCAGAGCUGUAAAUCAGUGACACUCACUGAACACUUGACAAAGGAAUAUUUCAAUUAAGAUCUCAGGGGUCUGGCUUGAGCAUCGGAACCCACAAAUCUUUCAAUAUGACAACAAACGGCAGUAACAACUAUGUUACGGUCAAGAAAGACUUUGGAUCCCCGAAGUUCACGUCUCCUGCGGAGGAGGACAGACAGCAUGUGAUUAACCAGAUGUUAAAGAGAAUUCCUUUGAAGGAUGACAGUAGCUGGAUAUACAGCAAUCAGGUUGGGCUUGAGGAAGACGGCAUACCACAGCUGAAUGCUUAUGCUGAUGAUGAUACUGACAGCAAAGACUCUUCGGCUCCAGUGACAGAAUCCUCACCUCCAACAUUUGCAGUGAGAAGCCUUAACACUAACACUGGCCCGGUCUCUAAUUCCCAAAAAAUUUCAACUCCGCAGGCAAACUUCCCAUCUCCUACAUUUGUUGCUAGAAGAGUCAUAGUUAAUGAGGAAACCAUCCCCUCUUCACGGGUCUGUAAUGGCAGCACCAGUCCUGUGAAUCCAAUGAACUUGUCAAAAGGGUCAAUGGAAGUAGUUGCUUCUUCGAAACUGAUAAUGAACAGCAGCCCCAAAUUCUACAAUGACCAAGAGAAAUCUGAGUUACUUCCCUUUGGAGAUGAUUCUGGAGAGCUAUCGGACAUUAAGACUGGUAAUAGAAAUGAUGAAAUUCCAGGAUCUGUGGACCAGAGGAAUGUGAUUGUUAUAAAAAAAGAAAUUCACAACGUACUGAUGGCAAAAGUAGAUCCUGAAUUGUUUCAGGCUCCAGAGAGGGAGUGCACCUUUUGUGGAAUGGCUCUGGAAGACAUCAAGAUAAUAAUUGAACAUCUGAACAUCUGUAGCCACCCAUCCUGUUUUAAGUGUGGCAAAUGCAGUGCACCCCUGGGAGACUUGGAAGCUGGAGAUAACUUGUGGAUUCAUAGCAGGAUUGUGCACUGUGAAGAAUGCUAUGAUAAAUUACUAGAAGAUUAAACUUCAUUCAACUUCAGAAUAAACAAAGAGGACUUUGAAUUGUGAAAGGAACCAUAGUCCUACUUUGUGAAUGAAGCAAUUUUUUCUUCUUUUGCAACUUACAAUGUUAUCCUUUGAAUGUGAAUUAGAUUUUGCUGUGAUUACAAAUACCGUACACACAGAUUAUAAUAACAUACGUCCCUAACAACAGAAAAUGACUGCCUGUAUUACAUUUUAUCUUUGUCUUCUAUGAUCUUCUGUUCUAACCUAUCAAUAAAUGUUAACAUGUUUAAGUACCUUAUGUCAUUAUGUAAUUUAACAUGUUUAAUCAUUAGCUUUCUGUGUGACCAUUGGGUGAUGUGAAUCAUUAAAUGUAUACCUUCAGCAACAAUUUCAGGAUAGGAAAUGUUGGGAUCUGUUUCUUUUUAAAUAAACAGCUGCUGUUGAGAGAGUUAAAUUGUACUGGAUUUCAGGGAUUACCGUAAGAUAUUGGAGUUGGAUUUGCUCAUAACAGAAAUUCUGUUGCACAAGGUGCAACUUACUAAAUAUAACUGGAAGGCACUAGUCUGGUUCUUGUGA